GGAGGAGUGAGUGAGGUGGUUUGCAGAGAAGAUGGAUGAUUGGAAGGCAGCUGAGAAAUUCCGUGAGAAAUGAAGCUCGUCCCUCCGUGAGCUACUCCUGCCUGAAGGUACCAGAGGAGAAUGAGAAGCAUGAGAAGCUCCGCCUGGAGAGGGAGCAGGAGCAGAAGAAGGCCAGCAAGGCCAGCGUGCCGCGGGCCAACAGUGCCCUCUCCCCGGAGGAGCCCCGAAGCGAACUGCUGGUGCCCGUCUCCCCCCCGGCCCCGGUGCCCCCGCCACCCCCGCCCCUGGCAGCCCCCAUCUCAGUCAUUCCCAUCCCUGUUGUCACCAGUUCCCCCCAGCAAGCGGCCCAAACCGCCCUGUCCCCGCCGCUCGUGCAACGCCACCAGCCCCUUGUAAGCACUCCCAGUGUCCCCAAGGAAUCCUCGUCGGUGGCUCCGGUGAUCCAGAGGCCGCCGGGCCCACAUCUGCCGGAUGGGAAAGCUGCCACCCCGCCAUCGGGCAGCCCCAAGCAGCUCCAGCAUUACCCGGCGCCGGUCCUGGCCAUCUCCCAGCACCACGUGGUCCCGCAGCCCAUCCAGCCCCUGCAGCACCCGGCAGCGCCCGCGCCCCUCGGCGCCCUGAAGCUGGCCCCGGCAGACGACCUGAAACCCAUCGAGCUCAAGAAGAGAAUUGGAGGGGUUGGGACCAGGGAAGUACAUAAUAAAUUGGAGAAGAACAGACGUGCACAUUUGAAAGAGUGCUUUGAGACUUUAAAGCGCAACAUCCCCAACGUAGAUGACAAGAAGACCUCAAACCUCAGCGUCCUCAGGAGUGCCUUGCGAUACAUCCAGACUUUAAAGAGGAAGGAAAAAGAAUAUGAACAUGAGAUGGAGCGGCUGGCGAGAGAGAAGAUCGCUACCCAGCAGCGACUGGCAGAGCUGAAGAACGAGUUGAGCCAGUGGAUGGACAUCUUGGAGAUUGACAGAAUUGUUCGACAGACAGUUCAGCCAGAGGAUGACCAGGCAUCUACCUCGACAGCAUCAGAGGGUGAAGACAACAUCGAUGAAGACAUGGAAGAUGACAGGCCAGUGAACUCAUUACCAAAACUUACCCAGCGCCAGCACCCAGAGCUGCUGAAAGCUGUCCCCCCGAAUGCUGCUCCCCCCCUGCCCGCGGUCCUGCCCCCUCACCUCUCCAUCCAGCAGAAGCCCCACGCCCAGCCCCCCCUCCAGACACAGGCACUGGUCCCGCCGCAGGCGAUCGUCCCUGCACAGACUCACAUCGUGGCGGCCUCGACCGUGCAAUCGACUGUUAUCGCCCACACGGCCACCACCCACGCCUCGGUCAUCCAGACUGUCAACCACGUCAUUCAGGGUCCACAGACCAAGCACAUUGCUCACAUUGCACCUUCCACGUCCAGCCCCGUGCAACUCACCACUGCUGCUCAGCCCAUCGGCCACAUCACUGUGCACCCCGCCACCAUCAACCACAUGGCCCACCUGGGCCCGCAGCUGCCCCUCUACCCCCAGCCCGUGGCCGUCAGCCAGCCCGUCGUGAGCCACAUCGCUCACACCAUCUCGCACCAGCAAGUGAACGGCACCGCGAGCCUGGGCCAGCCGGCGGUGAUGGCCAAGCCGGCCGUGGGAACCCAGGUGGUGCAUCACCCGCAGCUGGUGGGGCAGACGGUCCUGAACCCGGUGACUAUGGUGACCAUGCCCUCGUUCCCGGUGAGCACACUGAAGCUGGCCUAGAGGGGACGGGCCGACGGCAAGGUCUUUGCUGGGAACCUUUCCUAAGGAAACUCCAUACAUUCCAACCACGUCCGACUCGGCAGGAGGGAGGCACAGGAAUGCUGGGCUGGGCUGGGCUGGGCUGGGCUGUGCUCAGCUGCCCAGGGCCCAGCCUGGGGACAGUGCCCAGCCUGGGGACAGUGCCCAGCCUGGGGACAGUGCCCACCCUGCCAACGGGGACGGGGACGGGGCUGCUCCGCGCUCGGAUUGGCUGAUCUGAGAAACUGCAGAGACAGUUGUUCAUGGUGAUUUUUUUUCCUUUUAUGUGUAAUGAGUGAACUAUGGGUAUGAUGUUCUUAAGACUUUAAUUUUGCCCUCUUAUGUGUUGCUUCUUUGUAGAAUAAAAAUUGCUGAUCUCUUUAUCGAGACAUUGCGUAGAAUGGGAAAAAAAAUCAUAGAAGUCUAUAUUUAUAUAUAUGUGUGUAUGUGUGUGUAUAUAUAUGUACAUACAUAUAUAUAUAAAUAUAACAUUUGAAGGCCUUUUGUAAGGUUGAUUAUUUUGCAGGAUUAUGAGACAAAAUUCAUUUUUGGAGGAAGAAGAUAGAGUGUCCUCUCUAAACAAGAAACUUUAAGAUAGAUGGUUUGGUGGACCAGGGUACCUCUAUAGUGACAAAAAAACCCCAACAACAAACCACAAGUCAAACCAUUUUAAAGGUAUUUCCCAUCAAUAUAUUACAUUUCAAAAACCAUCUAAAAUCACUGUGACUUGUUAUGGCAUUUUAAGGAAAUUCUCUGUCCUGUCUAAUAAAAGGAAAAAGAAUACACAACCAGACUUCAUUUGUUGCCGUUUUAUAAAUGACUUGAUUUUUA